CAUCCCCCUUCCCCGCCCUCUCUCCCGCUGCUCUUCUCCUCUCUCGCAUCCUUGCUUCUGGGGAAGUAGGAGACGAGCAGCUUCCAUCGGAGACCGGGAGGUGCCUGACUCCGGCCCCAGCAAUCGUCUGUCUGCAGAAUCAUCGAACCAGCUGCCGACCAUGACUGACACUAUUCCGGGCCAGUUUGCCACACUGUUGGAGGAGAUGUCGGCCAACAUCACGCCGGAGGAUCUGGCCCAGCUGAAGCUGGCCUGCAAGGAAGACAUCCCGAGCGACAAGAAUGAGGAGCUGACCGGCUGCAACGAGUGGUUCAGCUUCCUCGAGAAACACGACAAGCUCUCCAAAGACAACCUCUCAUACAUCGAACACAUAUUUGAGAUGUCCAGACGGCCAGACCUCCUGACCAUGGUGAUCGACUACAGGACCAAGGUGCUGAACAUCUCAGAGGACGACGAAGUGGACUCCAAGUUUACUCGAAUCCCUAGCGCUGUCAAGUACAAAGACAUUCUCCGGCAACCUUCAGAGGAUGAGAUCAUCAAACUGAAGCUGCCACCCAAGAAGGCCUGAGGCCUGGCUGGAAGCGGCCCUGGAGCAAGCGAACGGGGAGUGAGAGAGCGUGUGCGCGAGACAGUGGGGAGGGGAGAGAAUCCGCGCCCAGUGAUAGUGUUUGUAACAAAAAAAAUAACCCCCCAGUAACAUUUAACCUGUAACUUUUGCAAACCCCCCACCCACCACCAUACACCGUGAUAUGUUGUGUCGUGUUACCGGGAUCUUUCCGUACGCCUGAAGCCUGGUGCCCUGCCUCCUCAGUGGCAACAGCCUCACUACCCCCACCCAACCCUGUCCGUCACCUCUUGAACUCUAUGCAAAUUCUGAGACACAAUGUGGGGUUCAACCACACCCCACUCUCUUCUUCUACCCCAUCCCCAGGCAGCACCCUUACCCCCUCCUUCCCCACCAGCCCGGUCGACAGGGGUCGGGGGUCAUGCCACGGGAGGCUCAAAGCCAACCUAAGGACCGAGGGGAUAAGGGGGUGGACAUGGGGCUCAGGUUUGGUCUCCUUUAGGAAGUGGAUCCUGAGAAGAGAUGAGGGCAGGUCAGGACCCUGCGGAGGAUGGUCCCCCCCGCUUACCCGGGCUAGGGUAGAUGGCCAAAACAUUUGGUGUGCUAUCUAAAAGUAAUCAAAGGCCUUUUAGGGAUCAAUGGGACACGGGAAGUAAAAUGGUUGGCGGUUGGCAGGAGGUGGUGGAUAGUCCGCCAUCUUUGCUGGGCAAUGCCUCCUGAGAAGUGGGAGGGGAGGUGAGACAGCACACUGGCAUUACGCCAACCUACAGCCACUUGGCCUUGAAUCUGGAGAGCCAUAACCACUUGGCCUCAGGCCUUCCCCUGCACCCGUUCCCAGAGGGCAAAAGAGGCGAGACAGCCAUAAUGUAGGCUGUCCUGGGCUCAGGCUGUAGGGACGGGGUGGGGGUGGGCAGGGUCCCGGCACCAUGUUCCCACUAACCCGCCGAUUAACAGCCUUUACCAGCCAUCUGUGUGCGAACCGCUGAAACAUUAAUGGAGUGUGUCAUUAAACACGUCGUGCACCGAGA